GCGGUUUGUUGCUUGAUUAGAUUUAGUUUUUUUAGAGAAGUUUGUUUGUAAAUUUUGUUAAAAUGUCGAGAUAAAAUGUGACGAAUCGCUAGGUUGAAAAAGGUUUGCUUUGACUGCUGUCUAAGUACUAAAACUGACAAAGACAAUGAGUGAUAAGGAAGACUGUGAGGACGAGAUCAGCGCGAGCAAUGAUCGUAGUGCUCCUGCAAGUCCAACUCAAACAGACAUCGAGGAGCUUAGGAAAAAGCUUAAAGCACCAGAUAAUAAGAAAUUCGAGCGAGAGUUGGAGAAGUUGAACUCGGCGAUUCGACAGAAAGAAGCCAAGUUUCGGUCUUAUCCCAAAUCAUCGCGGUCACAAGUAGAAAGCACCUCGUCUAGUCAACAUGCUUUUCAAGAUCGCGAUACACUUAUGGCUGAACUUCGAGGGUGCAAAGCAGAGAGAGAAAAAGAGAUCGAGACGAGAAAAAAGAUCGAUCAGGAACUAAAAGCAGCUAGUGCUCUCGUCCAGUCAAAGACUGAAGCAUGUGGAAAGUUACAAGCAGGUCUCAAGUACAAGAAGGAGUCCAAGGUGGAGGAAGCUAUCAGGAGGCUCGAACACCAAAUGAGAGUACAACAGCUUAAGCUCAGAGAAGAAAAAAGGAUCGUAACAGAAAUAGAUGCAUUAAAACGAUCCAAGAAAUUGAUCCAUGAUUUUGAUUUUUUGAAAAAUGAAAUUGGUCAACUCAGAGACAAGCAACAUUUGCUUCGAAUGAAGAGAGAUGGUUGCAUGAGAACAAUCGCAGGACUUAAAUCCAAGGAAGAACAAAUUAAGACUGCUCUUGAUGAGCAGCGGCAUAAGGCUGAUGAAGCUAGGAAUCAACAAAAAGAAUACAUCACAGAAAAAAAUAUUAUCAAAAAAGAAAUUGAUGAACUUUAUGACAAAAAGAGAGCCUUGGUUGCAGCGUUUAACAAAGAGAAAGAUGAAUAUCACAAUAUACUAAGGGACAUUAAGUUACAAGAAAGACAAAUAAGAAGAGAAAUGGAGGUUGUGACAAGAUCAGAGGAUGGACACCCACAAAAAUCAAAACAGUAUAAAGACAAAAGUGAGCAAAGUACAGUUAUCUCUACGCAUGAGAGGAUGCAAGUUCUGUGUGAAUCAUUGGUCAACUACUUUGAAAAAAUCAAUAUUGACACCUCUACAAAGCCUGACUGUGAUGACUCACCAACCUUACAGGAACAAAGUCAAGAAUUUCAAGGAGCUAUUGCAAGCUUUAAAGGAGGAGCAUUCUUGAAGAAGAAGAAUGAUGAUUUAGAAGAGAUGUAUGGAGGUAGCAGCAAGAGGCAGAGUAGAAGGAAUAGCAAAAAGGGGAGAAAAUCAACACAAAAAGAGAAUGGUCCCAAAAAGCUUGUCCUCCAUCCUUUAGUGCUAGAACAGUGCCUGUCUCUAUAUAUCACCCCACCAAUUACUGCCUCUGAUAUCCCCAAGACUUUGGGACUACUGCAUGAGAAAAAGGCAGUUCUUUCUGCAGUGUUGGAAAAUCCAGAAAUGGUCUCUAGAGAUUCUGAGUCAUCAGUAACGUCUGCUACAGAGGAAUUCCCUUCUCUUCCAUCACAGAAUUCAUUAGAACAAGAGGCACUUUCAACCAUCUCUUCAAUGGAUGACAGCAUUGUUAAUGAUGAGGAGGCUAAGACAGCAGCAGGUUUGAAACCUGAAAAUGUUGUAGUGGGUGAUUUAGAAGAACAGGAAAAUGAUGGUUCUGACAAAGUUUUAGAAAACAAGGCUGAAAACCAGGAAGUAAUUGAAACUGAAGAGGAUUUGAAAUCUCAUUUAAAUGGGAAUCAAGAGAGCGCUCUUGAAAAUGAAGAGCAGAGUGAUUCCCAUGAUGUACGAGAAGAAUUAGAUUCAGAAUUGAAUAAUGGAACAGAUAAUGGUGUACAACACACACCAGAAAUUAAUAAUAUACAAGAUGACAAAGAUGAAAGUUUCAAAGAAAACCAUUUAAACAAUGAUUACAAUUUAAUCAAUGACAAUAACACAACGAAACUCAAGAAAAGUUUGGAAAUCAACAAAAGCGAUCAAAACAAUGUGGAGUACAUAUCAAAUGACGUGAGAAACUGUGAUUCACAAGAUGAUAAUCCUAAACUAUGUUCCAAACAGGUCUUGCCUCAACAAAUCAAUGACCAGGAUUCAGAAAGAGCUAUAGACUGUCCCUUGUAGGGAUGAUUUUCUAUAUUUUUAUGGAUACAAGUUCAGACUUUAAAUCAAACUUGGCCGUAAUUAAGAGAAUUUUUAACAAAUUAUUAUUGAUUAUAUGCAUUUGUCAGGAUCGUUUUGGAUAUUGAAUUUGAAUGGACAUUUUAUUUGUAAAUAGAACUAUUAGAAAUAGAAAUAUUGCAGCAUGUGCAACUUUAGCCAUACUUUGCCAACUUUCCUGUCACAAGCAUGUUCGAAUCUACUUUUGUAAAUUUCAAAAAUAUUGGUACCACAUAAUUCAACAGACAUACCUUUAGGCUGCUCUAAUAUAUCACAAAUAGUCCAUGUUCUGUGCCUUCCAGGCUAAACUCAUGACCAUUUGGGCUGUGGUUCUGAUAGUUACUUUUAGUUUAAGUGUUAUUACAGACUCUUCAUGUUAAAAAUGUUUGGCUGUUGUCAAUAAAAUCAGUCAUUUUUAUGUUUU